CGGACCAGCGGGCGCCAUGGCCGUCCCUUGCGCCUUGAUUACGAGCUGCGCCGCGGGGUUCCCCGGGGAAGAGCUGGUGAAACGUAUUAUUGGGAACGAUGAGCUCCCAGAGGAUGUUUCAACAGGGAGCGGAGCCCGGUUUUACCCCUGGACAAUAGACAACAAAUAUUAUUCAGCAGACAUCCAUCUCUGCAUUGUGACAAAUAAGUUUCUUGUGACUGCUGAAAUUGCAGAGACCGUGCAAGCCUUCUUGGUUUAUUUUGACAGCUCAUUGGUGACUGGCCUGGACAGCAUCUCCACGUGGCUUCCUCUGGUGGAGGAGUGGCUUCCAGAAGUGAUGAUUUUGGUCUGUGAGAGAGUGUCCGAAAGCGGAGUCAGCCGCCAGAAGGCCCAAGAGUGGUGCAUCAAGCACCGUUUCGAGCUGGUGGAGCUCAGCCCGGAGGAGCUGCCUGACGAGGAAGAUGACUUUCCAGAGUCUACAGGAGUAAAACGCAUCGUCCAAGCCUUGAAUGCCAACGUCUGGUCAAACGUGUUGAUGAAAAACGAGGUGAAUCAGGGCUUUGGCUUCCUUCCUGCCUUGGCGGGAGCAAAUCGCAGCCUUCGGUCCGAAGAGGAGGACGCUCCAGAAACCAACUCUUCGCCAGCUGAGGGAGUGGAAUCCACUGGAGACCCUGGAGAAGACGUGGCAGACGCAAAUGGCAGGCAGGCCAACCCCACAACGGAUCCCACGCUGGAUUUGGACAUUCAAGAGCUCGCUAGCCUCACUGCAGGAGAAGGCGAUCUAGAGAACUUUGAGCGGCUGUUCUCCAAGCUGAAGGAAAUGAAAGAGAAGGCAGCAGCAUUGCCUCACGAACAGAGAAAACUCCACGCAGAAAAGGUUGCCAAAGCCUUUUGGAUGGCCAUCGGAGGAGACCGAGAUGAACUCGAAGGCCUGUCUUCUGACGAAGACAAUUAAAGUCUGCGGGACAAUGUGUCGCGAGGCAGGUGGGGGUCCUCGUGUUGGAAGCACCAGCAGGGGCUGGCUGCCCUAGUUGUGGGUUGUUGUUGUUGCUCGUUUACACAGGCCUGUCUUUUUCUGGGGGGGGUGCAAAGACCCGAGGGGCUGUUUCUUGCUUGUUUUGUUCAUGUUGCCCCCACAUGGAAAAGGAGGUGGCCGUUUUACUUCCAUGCCCGGAUUCAACAAUGGGGGCACGGGUGAUCGCAUCCACCAAGCGGCAGAGGUGUUCUGGUGAACUUGUUGUGCUGCUGAAAGCAGAGCGGCCCAGACCAAGCUGGAAGAGCGGCGUGGCAUCUCCUCGCGGUUGUCCUUGCGCCGCCCCUCCUCACACCGUCCUCCCUCCAAAGCCGAGACCACGGGCGGGGCGGGGCAGGGGCCCUCUUUUCCAGGGAGGCAAGUGGAGGCUUGAUUUCUCCAGAAGUGCUUGCACCUGCAAGAGACGCUCAGUGCCAGAAUGGUAAUUUUCAUAGACUAGCAUGUAGUUUGGAUCUUUCUGUUGAACUGUUACCGACCAGUUGCCAACCAGUGCGAAAAAACAGGCUUUUGGGUGGGCCCUGCCUUCCCCCUCCUCUGGCAGCUGACAAGUCAACAAGUAAACCUGCAGGAAGAGUAAAAUCAUGCAUUGCCCAAUGCUGGGCUUGAUGUGCCCGUGGGCUUCCUGCUGCUUUGUCCUGUGACGGAAGCUGUGCAGUGGGAAUGGCCACGCGCACCUCGGGGGCAACUACAGGGAGCCACAGUCCUCACUCCGAGUUGAGGAGUGUGUCCGAGGGCAGUCGCGUCUGCUGUUCUCGUGCUCGCGGACAGAGCGUUCGAGUGCUCCCGGGGCUUGGGGGCGAGGAGAUCGCUGACCCAGGUCCAAAUGGCCACUGCUGCUCUGCCUUGGCUUGCAAGCCCCAGGAGCCACUGGACAUGCAUGAGUGAGAGGCAUCUCCACCACCCCACCGAGGGGGGGGCCCGGGGGCCGCCGCACUCCCACGUUUUGAGACGCGUGGAGGUGUGGCAGGGCUGCGGUGUUGAAGCGGUGUUGGGGCAAAAGGCUGUGUGUACAACCCCCCAGCGUGGGGCAUUUUAUCUUUGAGCAAUCAGGGUGUGAGCAUAAUGAUCCGUUGCACUGGAACAAAGGAAUCCCACCGUCUUGGUGUAAGCAUCAUUCCAAUCUGUUGAAGCACUUUAAACCAUAAAGAAUCCCGCCAACAUUUCCCUGCGGAUGGCAACGCGUCCAGGACAGUUUUAAAACAGUGAGGUUUGCCUUUCUCUCUUUUCGAAGUAGAUUCAGGCCACAAGUCACUGAAAGCCUCUACCCAUGGCAAGAGUGCAGAGUUCUUGCAUUCACAGCUUCGGUGCAUCACGGGGUUGUGUAGAAGAGCUUUGCAACAGGUUGUUGCCUAGACAGACAUGGAAAACUGCAGCAAAAGCCUGUGUACUUUUUUGUUUUUCUUGCAUACUCUGAACGGGCUGAAUAAAAUCUGCUUAAAAUACA